UAAAAGGUUCAAAGGGUCUGUAUAUCGUUCUCUAUCGUUAUCGCAUAAUCUCAUGAAAAAUUAAUGACACUUGACCGCAACAGAACAAUACAGCAUAGAAACCCAGCGACAUAUUGUAUAUAUCACACGCCGAUCAACCGUGCAUGUCUCGUGGCUAAUAGCUCGAUUUAAUGCCAACUCGAUGCAGCUUUAACCUUAUAAUUACUCCAUCAGGGAACAUUUUAACGGACAAAGGAGUCCUGUCAACAAGCAAUUUGUUUCCAGCGAGCAAAACGUCACGAUUUUCCUCGCAUAUUUCGGUCGGCGAAGUUAAAUCUCGCUAGAUAAUCGAUUGUGGUGAAUAUUUUUCACAUUAAUGGUUAAUAAGAGGAGUAGUAUAUGCAACAGAUGAACAAAAGCAGAGGCACCACACAGAAAUAAGUCGAUAAAUUGCAAUAUGGCAAGUUAUAAAGCAGUCCAGUGUGUUGACACAAGCGAGAAAGCAAGUAGCUCUGAAGUGAAUCACAACGAGAGAUGGUACAGUGAAACAAGCGUACAGACAAGAGCAGAGAGACUGCUACCGCGACAAGACACGAACCUUCUACGAGGCCUCACAAGCGAGGUUAUCGAGUUGCCGAACGACGGUCGGGUAGAGAUCGUAGCCAGUCGACGGUUCGGAAAACGGGUCAUCUCAUCACGUGACAAGGACGAAGUUGCGAUAACGUUCGAUCACGACGAUGCGAUACGCAUUCACAUUGCCGCUAGGCAGAAAUCGCGGGUGCAGAACGCGCUUCAGAACUGCGGGGCGCAUAUACCGCAUGGGCCUGCAGUACUUGAUAUCUUUGUCAGCAGUAUCAUGUUCGUGUAUGCGUCCGUCUUGGCGCUAUUGGUCGCUUAUGUCAGGAGGGAGUGGAAAUACUUGUCUAUUCUCCUACUGUGGUUUUUCUACAUCAUACUAAGAGUAAACAGCUUUAACACGCUUGGGGCAAGUAUUUCCACUUUGAAACGAAAAAUCUGGCAUUUCACUGGUAUCUCGUUUGGUAUUGUAUUCAUGUACUUUACAUUGGUGAUCGUUUUUCCGAUGUUGACCCGAGACGCGUACUACGAGCAGCCGACGACGACGUCCGAUGAUCGACCAAGCAUCUUACUUAUAAUGUCCACCCUGAAGGCAAGUGUUGCCUUCGCCCUCUUAGGAAUGGCAUCCAGGAGAAGCUUCCAUUGCGGAAAGAUCAUUAGUCAUAUGGAUAUAAUCAACUCACUAUUACUAGGAAAUGUUGAUAUCUUCAACUUAGUUGAAGCAUUGAGUCUUAAAGAUGGGGUCUUGCCCGUAAUACCUAAGGGAAGUGCAAUGGAAAUUAGUAUAUUAGUAGCUUGUGAGGUGGCUUUUCUCAUCAUUGCCCUAGAAGCGUUAAUGCCUUACUCGCUGAUAACACUUGACAAGCAAAACGUCGGAAAAGUUAGACAAGAUGUAAGUUUAAAACGGACCAAAGAACAGGCGAUUGUGAUGGUCUAUCCGUACUCGUUGCUCGUUCAAAACGUGCCGUUUCUUGUGAUUCGCGUGCUCUUGUUUGCGUGCUACGAUUCCCUUCAACUCGCGUACAUGAUCAAGAACGUGACGAGCAUCGUCCUGGGCGCGAUAACGCUAAUUCGUGCGCGCAGCAAUUUGAUGAAAAAAGAAAACGAUGCGGCGGAGUUUCUGGGAACAGCCUUAACGCAUAGGAGAGUUUCCGUUUAGUUUCAUCGGAGUGAUAACAUUUCUAAG